CCCCGUUUUUAAGGCUGUGAAGGACCACGCUGCGUUUUCUCGCCCCGUUUUUAAGGCUGUGAAGGACCACGCUGCAUUUUCUCAGCCCGUGAGCCGAGCAAUCCCGGGGUUUUUCUUGCGCCGGGAAAGGAUGUGGUGGGAUAAGUGAGCCCCGGAUCGGCACCGCUGCCGGCUGCCGCGUGGCUUUACAGCAGAAAGACCCUUUGCAGGGUGGAGGCUGGAAGGGAUAAAAGGCAUCCCGGGGGUUCGGAAGGGGCUGAAAACCACGGCUGUGGGUUCAGCCCGGCGCUGGCUGCGAUGUUGUGCCGGAGAAAACAUCCCGAGGUGCUUUGCAUCCCUCAUGCCGGCGGCGUUUCUUCUGCGGGGCCACGCGGAAGCGGCGCGUCCCGUGCGACCUUUACCCGUUUCUCUUUGAAUUUGCCCCGGUUUGGGGCGGAGGAGUUUCCCCGGGGCGAGAGAGGAAGAGCUUUGCGGCAGGAAAGGGAGGAGUGUGACAUCCGAGGGCUCUUCGGGGGCCCGUGCUCGGCUCCACGGGGCUCUCCCAGCCGUGCCGCCGCCACCGUGGUCCCCGCUGCCGUGGUCCCCAACCCCGCGCACAGCCCCUCGGACCCCAAAAUCAUCGGGGGGCUUAAACCUCACCCCUUUUAUUUCCCCCCCCUGCUUAAUUUAAGGCCACCCAGGUUAAUUUAGGGGCGCUGCCAGCCUGGGAGCUGCGGGGGGAUGCUCUCAUCCCGGCUCAACACACCGGAACGGGGAUGGAGCGCGGACCCUCUCUCCCUAAGGGAGGUAGGAGCAACUUAUUUCACCAGAAUUUGGGGAAAAAAUGUGGGUUUGGGCUACGAACCACCUUUUUUUGUCCCCCGUGGCCGGUGAUUGCCCAAGCGAGGAUGCUCCCGAAGCUGCCGGGCGCUUUCCCCAUCCUGACAGGAGGUUUUGGCGUACGGCGAGGUCUUGCGAAAGCGGGUGCAGGGGAGGUCGGGGCGGUGCCCGCCCGGGGUGGAGGAGAAACCUGCCUGGCCGCAAGGGUUUGUGACUGCCGUUGCCUCAGCCGGUGUCGUCGGCACGUAGCGAAGCAAACGCUGGUGGUGCUGCCGGCUUCCUCCGCUUCCCUACAAAUCCAGACUGAAACCAGUUUGAGACGGACGGGGACGCUGGGAGGGCGUCUCGCCCACAAGGACUUUAUUUUCUCACCCGUCUCAAGGGUUUGAUGGGUGUCCAGAGACCGAAUCCCCAUCUUCCACCUGCCCACCUCGUACGGAGCCCGUCUCGUCCUUUUGUUUCUUCCAGCCUUGGGGCAUUUUCCUGACGGAUGCUGCCAGACAGCAGCAGGCUGCUGGGCCACCAGCGGCCGGGGUACGGGACGCUGCAGCGAGACGCCGAUAAAUCCCCCAUGGAGGUCACGGGCUACCAGACCAGGAUGUGGCGGGUGGCCCUGUGCCACGCUGGCUCCGUGCUGACGGCGGGGCUGCUCCUCGUCCUCUUCCACUGGAAGCCGAGCCUGGAGGUGCAGGCGAAAUGCCAGCCCUGCGCCCUCGGCCAGGCCGACUGGGUCAUCAUCAGGGACCGAUUCGGGCAGUGCUUCACCACCCGCGUGCGGACGGAGGCGCUGGGCGAGGGAAGCCUGGAGCAUCACCCCGGGGCCAGGCUGGAGGACCGGAGGACCAGCAUCGCCAUCGGCGUGGCGGACGAGGAGGAGAGCCGGGACACCAUCCGCCUCCAUGACAAGGAGGAGAAGAACGUCCUGCGGUACUACCUCUUCGAGGGCAUGCGCUACAUCUGGAUCGAGCGGCGGCAGGCGUACUGCAAAGUCAGCCUCUUGGACGAAGGCUGGACCUGUGCAGAUCUCCACCUCGCCCAGGCUGGGCUGGACCAGCAAGACCACAACACCAGAAGGAAGAUCUACGGACCCAACCUCAUCGAGGUGCCCGUCAAGUCCUACGCCAGGCUGUUGGUGGAGGAGGUGCUCAAUCCCUUCUACAUCUUCCAAGUGUUCAGCAUCGUGCUGUGGGUCUGCGACGCCUAUUACUACUACGCCGCCUGCAUCUUCCUCAUCUCCACCAUCUCCUUAGGGCUGUCCCUCUACGAGACGAGGAAGCAAAGCGCCACGCUGCAGAACAUGGCCAAGAUGUCGGUCGGUGUCCGAGUCCGUCGCCCCAGCGGAGAGGAGAUGGUGGUGAGCUCGGCAGACCUGGUGCCGGGCGAUUGCAUCAGCCUCCCCGCGGACGGGACGCUGGUCCCUUGCGACGCCGCGCUGCUGACGGGCGAGUGCAUGGUCAACGAGAGCAUGCUGACGGGGGAGAGCGUGCCGGUGAUGAAGACCCCUCUCCCGGCCGGCAGCCAGGCUUCUGGCACCAUCUAUUCCCCCGAGGAGCACAGGCGGCACACGUUGUUCUGCGGGACGCAGGUCAUCCAAGCCAAGUCCUACGUGGGCAGAGAAGUGCUGGCCGUGGUGACCCGCACAGGGUUUUGCACGGCCAAAGGGGAUCUCAUCAGCUCCAUCCUCUACCCCAAACCCGUCAGCUUCAAGUUCUACAAGGACGCAGUGAAGUUCGUCCUGUUCCUCGCCGUCCUGGCUUUUAUCGGCACGCUCUACAGCAUCCUCAUCUUGGUUAAAAACCAGGUCCCCGUGGGGCAAAUCAUCAUCCGCGCCCUCGACCUGGUCACCGUCAUCGUGCCCCCGGCUCUCCCGGCUGCGAUGACGGUGGGCACCAUCUAUGCCCAGAACAGGCUGAAGAAGCAGGGCAUCUUCUGCAUCAGCCCUCCCCGCAUCAACCUCUGCGGGAAGAUCCGCCUGGUUUGCUUCGACAAGACGGGAACCCUGACGGAAGAAGGUCUGGAUGUCUGGGGGGUGGUGCCGCUGGAGAACAACCACUUCAUGCCCAUCGUCCACGAGCCCCGCCGCCUGCCCGCCGGCCCUUUGCUCUACUCGCUGGCCGCCUGCCACACCGUCUCGCUGCUGCGGGCGCAGCCCAUCGGCGACCCCGUGGACCUCAAGAUGAUGGAAUCCACCGGCUGGCGCCUGGAGAUGAUGGAGGAAGAGGAGGAGGAGGAGGGUGAGCUUCCCACCUUCCAGCAGUUUGGGACAAAGGUCUUGGCUGUGAUGAAACCUCCGCCCGAGGAAGAACAGCCGCGGGACAGGAAGCACCAGUCGCCCGUGGGGAUCCUCCGGCGUUUCCCCUUCUCCUCCUCCUUGCAGAGGAUGAGCGUCCUGGCCAAGCUGCCCGGCGAAGCCUCGGCCCACGCCUACGUCAAGGGGGCGCCGGAGAUGGUGGCCAGCCUUUGCAGGAAGGAAACGGUGCCCCUGGAUUUCUCCCAGAUGCUGCGACACUACACCACGGAUGGUUUCCGGGUCUUGGCUCUGGCUUCCAAACCCCUCGGCGCCGUCUCCACCUUCCAGGAGGCCCUGCAGCUCCCCAGGGACUCCGCGGAGAGCAGCCUGACCUUCCUGGGCUUCCUCGUCAUGAAAAACGUCCUCAAGCCGGAAUCUGCGCCUGUCAUUCGCCUCCUGAGGAACGCCAACAUCCGCCCCGUCAUGGUGACAGGAGACAACAUGCUGACGGCCGUGAACGUGGCCAGGAGCUGCCGCAUGGUGGAGCCGAAAGAGCGGGUCAUCUUCGUCAACGCCUCCCCGCCCGGCCACGACAAACCCGCCGCCCUGAAAUUCAUCCCCGCCGAGCAUUCCCGGGGCGAGGAGCAGCCGGAGGCUGCGUGCCAGCGGGAUCCCGGCUGCCUCCUCCGGCCGCAGCCCUGCCACUUCGCCCUGAACGGCAAAUCCUUCGCCGUGGUUUGUGAGCACUUCGCCGACCUGCUGCCGAAGAUCCUCAUCCGAGCCACCGUCUUCGCCCGCAUGUCCCCCGACCAGAAGACUCAGCUGGUGGGCAGCCUGCAGGAGCUCAACUACUGCGUGGGGAUGUGCGGGGACGGCGCCAACGACUGCGGGGCUCUGAAGGCGGCCGACGUGGGCAUCUCGCUGUCGGAGGCGGAGGCGUCGGUGGCCUCGCCGUUCACCUCCCGCGUGGCCAACAUCGAGUGCGUGCCCACCGUCAUCCGGGAGGGCAGGUGCUCACUGGUCACCUCCUUCGGUGUCUUCAAGUACAUGGCCCUGUACAGCCUGGUGCAGUUCGUGUCUGUCCUGCUGCUCUACACCCUCAACACCAACCUGAGCGAUUUCCAGUUCCUCUUCUUCGACCUCAUCAUCACCACCACCGUGGCCGUGCUGAUGGGUCGCACCGGUCCUGCCCGGGAGCUGGGAGUGGAGCGUCCCCAAGGGGCCUUGAUCAGCGUGCUGGUGCUGGGCAGCCUGCUCCUCCAGACGGCUCUUCUCAUCACCGUGCAAGUCCUCAGCUACUUCAUCACCGUCUCGCAGAGCUGGUACGUGCCGCUGAACAGCACGGUGACAGCUCCCCAGAACCUGCCCAACUACGAGAACACCGUCCUCUUCUGCGUCACGGGCUUCCAGUACCUCAUCCUGGCCGUCGCCAUGUCCAAGGGGUACCCGUUCCGGGAGCCGCUCUACACCAACGUGCUCUUCCUGGUAGUCCUCGUCCUCCUUUUUGGCCUCAUGGUAUGGUUGACCCUCUACCCGCUGGGCUUCCCCAAGAGCUUGCUGAAGCUGCAGGGCAUCGACGACUUGAAUUUCAAGCUGCUGCUGCUGGGGAUCGCCGCCCUCAACUUCUUUGCUGCCUUCGUCCUGGAGACCGCCCUGGACCACGGUUUGCUGAGCUGCCUCCGCCAGCUGCGCCGCAAGAAAGCCUCCAAGAAGCUUUUCAAGAGGCUGGAGAAGGAGCUGAGCCAGCAGCAGCCAUCCUGGCCCCCCCUUAACGAACCGCUCUUCGCUACGCCCAAGAUGUCCAUCGCCGUCAGAUAGCAGGCGGCGGGCUGUGCGCCCCCCCUCCCCAAGCCUGCCAGCCCUUGGAGACUCUUAUUUAUUUAUCCUGGUAAAUCAAGGGAUGCGGCGGGCAGCGCGGGUCCUCCUUCCCCCCCCGCCACCCCCAUGCUGGUCCCACAGCCCAGAGGAGGAGAUGCUGGAGAAGCAAAGUGGGGGAGAAGGUCCAGAAGAAGAGGAGAAAUGGUCCAGCUCUUCCUCCAGGACCUCUCCGUGCUGGCCUCGGACCCGUCUCCCCGCGCUGGGCACCGGUACCGUUUCACGGGGGGUGGGGGGUGGACGGGGGACGGACGACGGAUGGCGUCCCCCCACUCUUUUCCUCUCCUGGCUGGUUGAAAGCACCAAGAGGAGGAUCCCUGAUCUUCUCCCGGCGAGGGCAUCCCCCCCCCAGCCUCGCCUCUCUGCUCACUGUGAAAGGAAAAAAAAACCCCCCCUGCCGCCGCCCUGGAUGUGUAGGAACUGUUUACAAACACCCCCCCCCCGCCACCACCGGCCCCGGCUUGCCAUGGAUGCUGCGCAGCCCCCCCGCCACAUCCCAGGGGACCGGCCGCGGGCACCCUCUCCGCUUGCCGCGCUCCUGCCGAGCGUUUCUGCUUCGGGAUGGGACCUUUGUAGCA